AUGUCGUUGUGGGACAUCAUUGUCGUCGGCGGUGGCCUCGCUGGCUCCGUCAUCUCCAACCGUCUCCUCCAUAAGGAUCCUUCUUUGAAAAUCCUCCUUGUUGAGGCUGGCCCCAACGUCAAUGGCCUCGAUUCAAUCGCCUACCCGAACACUAGCACUGGUGCUGGGAGCGAUCUCGAUUGGGGUUACACGUCGAUCCCUCAAGUCAACGUGGAUAACCGGUCCAUCGCUUCUCCUGCCGGCAAAGCCCUAGGAGGAGGAACAGCCAUCAACGGAGCCGCCUGGGUUCGCGGUCACACCGUUGACUACGACUUGUGGGCCGAAGAAGUUGGCGACGAUCGUUGGAGCUACGAAGGACAGCUUUCCUACAUGAGACAAACGGAGAAGUUCUUCAACACCAGCAUCAACCCCUCCCAGCAUGGUGCCGAUGGCUCCAUGAUCGUCCAGGGCGUCACUCCGAUGCACCGCCAGUUCCCAAUGCGCGAGAAGCUGGCCGAAUCUUACGAGGCCCUCGGCGUCCACGCUCUUCCCCAACUGGAUGCGAAUGCCGGGAACCCUAUCGGGUACGGCGAUCUCCAGGAGAACAGAGCCGAAGGUCGCAGGCAGCUGUCUUCCGAAGCUUUUCCCUUGGAUGGUGUGACUGUGGUGACUAACACCAUGGUUGAGCGCAUCCUGAUCGAUAAGACUCGGAAUGGCACUGCUGUGACGGCCAAGGGCAUCCGUCUCCAGAAUGGAACGGAAUACUUUGGCCGCAAGACAAUCCUCACCGCCGGCGCAUACCGAACCCCUCAUCUUCUCAUGCUCUCCGGCAUUGGCCCUGCCGGCAUCCUCAAGGAGCACGAAAUUGAAGUUAAGCUGGAUCAGCCCGAGGUUGGCCAGAACUUACACGACCACAUUCUCAUGGCCACCGCGUGGAAAGUCAAGAACCCGUCUGAGGGCUGGGCCUACGAGUCCGACAACCCCCUUUUCAAGGAGCCUCAGUACGGACUCGGCAACAAGAUAGACUUCAUCGCCACCACCACUCUCCCCAAGGAAGGUCUCGCAGCAGCCAUCGCCGAAGACGAAGGCGCCGAGCCGGGCCCAGACCAUCCCCUCUUGCGCCAGGACCGCGCUCAUGUAUCCCACUCCUUGCAAUACAACGGUGCAUCAACCGACGAGUCCGCCAUCCUGAUGCUGUCCAUCGUCCUCAUCGACACUUCACGCGGUUCAGUGGGCAUAUCAUCCGUCAACAUCAGCGACUACCCGUUGAUUGAUCCCAAGUACUUGAGCACGGCGGUCGACAGAUACGCCGCCCGCGAGGCACUCAAGUUUGACACUAAGCUUCUCGGAAGCACUUUGACGCCCGUGGGUCGUGAUAUUCUCGAUGGGGAGCUCGCAGCCGACGCACCGCUUACCGUAAACUCUACCGACGAGGCUUUCAGCGCCCGCGCUCGUCAAGUUGCAGGAUCCUGCUUUCAUCCCAGCGGUACUGCCGCGAUGGGUAAGGUGGUCGAUACCAAUCUCAGUGUUAAGGGUGUCGAGGGUCUCUUCGUUGCGGAUUCGUCUGUCUUCCCGCACUCCAUCUCGGCCAAUUUGCAAGUUGCCAUGUACGCUUUGGCUCUGCAGGCGGCAGACAUCAUUGGAGAGAAAUGA